AGAUUCACAUUUAUUUAUUUGAAAUAAUCGAAAUCUUUAUGAAGUCAAUGUAAAAGACCGCAUGCACCGAACUCCAGAUAGAUUGCAUUUGCCAUUAACUGCUGUUUCACAUGACCGGUCCCUUAAAUGCGAUGCGGACUACCUGAAACGUUGAUUCAGCCCCCUGUGGGCUACGCGUUCAGCUUUGACGAUAAGAUCGGUGAUGGCGUAGCCGGACUCAAAGCUGGUGACGUAGGUCUGGAAAUGACCACGUUCGCAGACGAGGCAGGUGGACCGUGCUGAGAUCAGUGCGCCGGAUAGUGCUGCCCCCACUGCUGCGAGAACAGAGGUUGUGUUUACAUUGCCAUUAGGGAAGGCCCUGGGUGAGCCGUAUAACACAAGACUAAAAAAAAACAAAACAUGUAUGAAUUAUGAUUAAAAGGGGGAAAAUUACAUUUGAAUGCACUGCAAUGAGACGCAAGAUCAGUCAGGGCCAUUGCAGUUGGAAUCUCGCUGGCAUGAAGUGCCCCCUUUGGCUCAGUUAUGAGGGAGGUGAAAUGCAAACAUAUUUCCUACAGCCAGUGGAAGCCACAGACGAUGCCUUCUGGGACCAGUUCUGGGCAGACACCGCCACCACCGUCCAGGAUGUUUUUGCUCUGGUGCCAGCUGCGGAGAUAAGGGCUGUUCGAGAGGAGUCCCCUUCAAAUCUAGCAACCCUCUGCUAUAAGGCCGUGGAGAAGCUGGUGCAGGGUGCAGAGUCUGGCUGCCCCACAGAAAGGGAGAAGCAGGUGAUCCUGAACUGCACCCGCAUCCUGACCCGCAUCCUCCCCUACAUCUUUGAGGACCAGGACUGGAGGGGAUUCUUCUGGUCAACGGUGCCUGGUGCCGGGCGGGCUGGGACAGAUGAGCUGGACGAUGAUGACGGAGCUCGACCACUGGCCGAGUUGCUGCUCCUGGCCAUCGCUGACCUGCUCUUUUGCCCUGACUUCACUGUGCACAGCCACAAGAGAGGCCCUGACUCGGUAGAGAACAUGCAGUCUAUAGACAGCUGUGAAUACAUCUGGGAGGCAGGGGUGGGCUUUGCACAGUCCCCCCCUCUCAACUACAUCCAUGACCUGAAUAGGACAGAGUUGCUGAGAUUGUUACUAACCUGCUUCUCUGAGGCCAUGUACCUGCCUCCUUCAUCGGACAACAAUGUCCUCAACCCUUGGGUGACUUUCUUCUGCUCCGCAGAAAACAGACAUGCUCUGCCUCUGUUCACCUCCCUGCUGAAUGUGGUGUGCGCCUAUGAUCCAGUGGGCUACGGCAUCCCGUACAACCACCUGCUCUUCUCGGACUACCGGGAGCAGCUGGUGGAGCAGGCUGUACAGAUCCUUAUUGUGACGCUGGAGCACGACGGAGGGGUUCCCCACCGCCCUGCCUCCCCAUCCAGCAUGGAGGAGCAAGAGGUACGACACCAAGAACACAGGAAAACAAAAAUCAAUCCGAUGACUAUAUGGCAUGCGUUUGAUGUCAGUCAAAUAAAUCUCUGUAUCUUUGUGCAGUCUACAGGACCUGAAAACCUGUUUGUGAAUUAUUUGUCGAGGAUUCACAGAGAGGAGGACUUUGACUUUGUAUUGAAGGGCCUGGCUCGUCUGCUGACCAACCCUUUGACUCAGACUUACCUGCCUAACUCCACAAAGAAGAUCCAGUUCCACCAAGAGCUGUUGGUUCUCUUCUGGAAGCUAUGUGACUUCAAUAAGAAGUUCCUGUUUUUUGUCCUGAAGAGCAGUGAUGUGCUGGAUGUUCUGGUUCCGAUACUCUACUACCUGAAUGAUGCCAGGGCUGACCAGUCCCGCGUCGGACUCAUGCACAUUGGCGUGUUCAUUCUGCUGCUGUUGAGCGGGGAGAGAAACUUUGGUGUGCGCUUGAAUAAGCCCUACUCCAUCCAUGUGCCUAUGGACAUACCAGUGUUCACAGGGACUCACGCUGACCUGCUUAUAGUGGUGUUUCACAAGAUUAUCACCACAGGCCACCAGCGUCUCCAGCCUCUGUUUGACUGCCUACUCACCAUUGUUGUAAAUGUGUCUCCCUACUUGAAGAGCCUGUCCAUGGUGGCAGCCAAUAAACUGCUCCACCUGCUGGAGGCCUUCUCCACCAGCUGGUUCCUGUUCUCUGCAGCCCAGAACCAUCACCUUGUAUUCUUCCUUCUUGAGGCUUUUAACAAUAUUAUCCAGUACCAGUUUGAUGGAAACUGCAACCUGGUGUAUGCCAUCAUCCGCAAACGUAACGUGUUCCACCAGCUGGCCAACCUGCCCUCUGAUCCCGCUUCCAUUCAAAAGGCUUUGCAGAGGAAGAGGAAGUCGCCAGAUGUUAUUUCCCGCACAAGCUCCCAGGAGACUGUGUCUAUGGAGGGCUCUCACCCUGCUGUGCCAGCAGAGCCUGGUACACUGAAGGCCAGUCUAGUCGCUAUGCCAGGCAUUGAUAAACUCACCGAGAAGUCACAGGUGUCAGAGGAUGGCACCAUGGUGUCCGUCCCAAAGAUGGAUUCCCCACACACUGUCCACCCGGACCAAAGUGCAGUCGCCGGGACCAGUGAUACAGAGUCAAACUCAGGCAGAGAUAAUGAAGAUGUUUUCUACACUGAAGCAGAAAUGGAGAGAAGACGUUUGUCAAGUGCGUCUUCAACAUCGUUUUGGGCUCCCACACAGGAAUGGGUGCUCUCCUGGAAGAGUAAGCUACCUUUGCAGACUAUCAUGCGUCUUCUACAAGUGUUAGUUCCCCAGGUGGAGAAGAUCUGCAUCGAUAAGGGUUUGACAGAUGAAUCAGAGAUCCUGAAGUUUCUCCAGCAUGGCACAUUAGUGGGCCUGCUCCCAGUCCCUCACCCCAUCCUCAUCAGAAAGUAUCAGGCCAAUGCAGGCACUGCCAUGUGGUUUCGCACUUACAUGUGGGGCGUCGUCUAUUUGCGCAAUGUGGAUCCUCCUAUUUGGUAUGACACUGAUGUCCGCCUUUUUGAGAUUCAGCGGAUGUAGACAGAAGGCUUUUCGACUAAAAACCUUGGGACUGUUCAUCGCCAGGGUUCCUCUUCCCUUCAGUAUCUGCUGGUUUCCCCGUUAAACCUCACUUUAUUUAACUUGCCACCGUAAUUAUCGUCUUCAUAAUGCUUGUCCCUUACACCACUGACUUAGGAAGAAGAGUCGUUCAGAUGAGUUAGGAGAUAACGCUCAGAUUAAGAGGACAGAUGAUCAAAUUAACAUUAUUGCCCAUAAACAACUGUGUUUGUACGUAUCUUCAGACCUCAAGACCACAGAAUGUCUGUCAAAGCACUGGGAUGACUGGAACAUUUGCCAAAAGCUGAGGCUGUUUUCUUGACAGCAUAGAAGUGAGAGAGGAAAUCUUUAACUUUUCAGUCAGACUUAAAAUAGAAGAUAUGGUGCUUUCCAACAGAGGCUUGUAACAUAUCUUGGAUGGCACAAUAUUGGUGUUUCACGUUGUCUCAUCUGCUAUGCUUUAAAAUGAACUUGCACUCUGAGUUGUCAGUUAUUAUGGUUGUAGUGUAUGUGAUAAUGUAACCCGGAUCUAAUGGAUUUUGGAGAGCUUAAUACAGAUUGUAUGUUUUUAUGUAAAUGACCAGGUUUAAGUUUAGAUCUGGCUGGCUAUGCUUAUAUCGCUUGAUGUCUAAAAUUGUAUUUUCCUGAAAAUAUAUAUUGAUAACCCUCUGUGAAUUCUGUAUUAGUCACUUUACUAAAUUG